UACAACGAGGUAACGGCACGGGAAAGUGGAAAUCCUCUGAUCUGGAGCUUUUCACGUGAAACCGAUUUCUGUUUCUUCGAAUUCCAUAUCUCUCUCUCUCUUUCUCUCUCUCACUCGCUCUCAGAAUUUCUCAAGCUCAAGAUUCUUUGAAAUAUUGUUGUCUCUGACACGUCCUGCAGUGUUAGCAAAGCAGUAGCAGAGAGAGAGGGAGAGUUACUAGACAUGGCCAAAAGCUCCUUCAAGCUCGAACAUCCCCUCGAAAGGAGGCAAGCGGAAGCUACUCGAAUCAGGGAGAAGUAUCCUGAUAGAAUACCAGUUAUUGUGGAGAAGGCUGAACGAAGUGACAUACCUGAUAUUGACAAGAAGAAAUAUCUGGUUCCUGCUGAUCUGACUGUUGGGCAGUUCGUAUAUGUAGUCCGGAAGAGGAUAAAACUCAGUGCCGAGAAGGCCAUAUUUAUCUUUGUCAAGAACAUCUUGCCACCAACUGCUGCCAUGAUGUCUGCUAUCUACGAGGAAAACAAAGAUGAGGAUGGUUUCCUUUACAUGACUUACAGUGGCGAGAACACUUUUGGAUCUUUCUGAGUGCUGUCAAGCUGAAUUAUAUGUAAAUAAAGUUUUUAAGACUCAUUCAGAUCUUGUACAUUCUUUGCUGUCAGCUCUUAUUAAUUCAUCUCAACUUUGAGGGUUGCUCUUAAAAACUCAGUUCAAGUGUAUGGAUUCUAUGCAGUAAAUAUAAUGUGGUUUCUCCUUGGGCUAUUAUUAAUA